AUGUAUCGGUGUGAUUGGAUAGCCAAAACCAUUAUAUGCACAAGAUUAAGGUCGCACGUUAACUCGUUAGAACAUGAAACAUACAAUAACCUCGAUAUGGGACAAAUAAUUAAAUUAAAAUGA